ACAUGGACCAGGAAGCUGGGCCUGGUCCGCGGGUUCUGGGAAUUCUGAGGCUGAAGUGUCCCCGCCUUAGAGAAUGGGAAAGGGCUCCCACUGAUAGGGGAAAGAGGUCCAUUGUCUCCGGAGACCCAACUAGCAGGUGGGCGGUGGGAGGAGAAAGAGUCCUAGGAGUUCAGACUUGAGAGAUCUAGGAGUUUAUUUAUUUAUUUUGAAUUGUUUAUUUAAAUAAACUCUACACCUAACGGGAGGCUCGAACUCAUGACCCCGAGGUGAAGAGUCACAUGCUCUCUAGACUGAGCCAGUCAGGCGUCCCAAGUGAUCCAGGAGUUUAGAUCUGGGGUUGGAGUCUCCAGGAAUCAGGGCAUGAAGAUCUGGCAGAAUUGGAGCUCUGGCAGUCUUAACCUGCUACCUGGGGACUGUGGUUGCCAGGACGCUGUGCGCGCACUGAACACCCUGCAGACCAAUGCUGGCUAUCUGGAGCAGGUAAAGCGCCAGCGGGGUGACCCUCAGGCACAGCUGGAAGCCAUGAAGCUGUACUUGGCACGGAGUGGGCUGCAGGUGGAAGACUUGGACCAGCUGAACAUCAUUCACGUCACUGGGACCAAGGGGAAGGGUUCCACUUGUGCCUUUACUGAACGUAUUCUCCGAAGCUAUGGCCUGAAGACAGGAUUCUUUAGCUCUCCCCACCUGGUGCAGGUGCGGGAGCGGAUCCGCAUCAACGGGCAGCCCAUAAGCCCUGAGCUCUUCACCAAGCACUUCUGGCCCCUCUACCACCGGCUGGAGGAGACCAAGGACAGCAGCAGCUAUGUCUCCAUGCCCGCCUACUUCCGCUUCCUCACGCUCAUGGCCUUCCACGUCUUCCUCCAAGAGAAGGUGGACCUGGCAGUGGUGGAGGUGGGCAUUGGUGGCGCUUACGACUGCACCAACAUCAUCAGGAAGCCUGCGGUGUGUGGCAUCUCCUCUCUUGGCAUCGACCACACCAGCAUUCUGGGGGACACAGUGGAGGAGAUCGCGUGGCAGAAAGGGGGCAUCUUCAAGCGUGGCGUCCCCGCCUUCACCGUGCUCCAGCCUGACGGUCCCCUGGCCGUGCUGAGGGACCGGGCCCAGCAGAUCUCGUGUCCUCUCUACCUGUGCCCACCACUGGAAGCCCUGGAGGAAGGGGGGCCGCCGCUGACCCUGGGCCUGGAGGGAGAGCACCAGCGGUCCAAUGCCGCCUUGGCCUUGCAGCUGGCUCGCUGCUGGCUACAGCAAAAGGACUACCGGGUCCCACGCAGCAGGCCCUCCCCCCUCCCUGGCUCCUCAGGCAUCGGGGAGCUGAAGGUGUCCAGGCCCAGUCUCUUGCGGCAGAUGCCCCUGGCGCCCGUGUUCCAGCCCACGACCCACAUGCGGCAUGGGCUUCGGGACACGGAGUGGCUGGGCCGGACGCAGGUGCUGCGGCGCGGGCCCCUCACCUGGUACCUGGAUGGAGCGCACACCGCCAGCAGCAUGCAGGCCUGCGUGCGCUGGUUCCGCCAGGCGCUGCACCGCCGCCAGAGGCCAAGCCGCGGCUCUGAGGUGCUUGUCCUGCUUUUCAACUCCACUGGAGACCGGGAUCCUGCAGCACUGCUGAAGCUGCUGCAGCCCUGUCAGUUUGACUAUGCUGUUUUCUGCCCUAACCUGACAGAGGUCUCAACUGUUGGCAAUGCAGACCAGCAGAACUUCAUGGUGACCCUGGACCAGGUGUUGCUCCGCUGCCUUGCACACCAACAGCACUGGAGCCGCCUGGACGAGGAGCAGGCCGGCCCGGAGCCUGGUGAGCCCACAUCCUCGCUGCUGGCUCCCCACCCGCCCGAGCCCCGUAGCACCAGCUCCCUCGUCUUCAGCUGCAUCUCCCACGCCUUGCUGUGGAUCAGUCAAGGUCGGGACCCUGUCUUCCACCCACCCAGUCCCCCGCAGGGCCUCUUCGCCCACCCUGUGGCAGGCAGCGGGGCCGGCGUGCUCCGUGAGGCUGCCGCCAUCCACGUGCUGGUCACCGGCAGCCUGCACCUGGUGGGCGGCGUCCUGAAGCUGCUGGAGCCGGCCCUGUCCCAGUAGCCCAGGCAGUGGGGGUGGAAGUGGGGGCCUCCCACACCUGCCCUGCGUCUCUCCACGAACUGCUACGUUAGGUGCCUUUUGUUUUUUGCUUUUCUGAUGGUCUAGACUGGCCCAGGGACCCAGGCUUUAGGCAGCAAGAUAGAGGGCUGGAGGUGGGAGGCUGAGAUGGGCCAUUCUCUGUCUCUGAGCCUAGGGUGCCUCUGGCCUCUUCUUCCUCCCGGCUGAGAGAGCCAGAGGGCUUCCUGGUUGUCCCACCGUCGUGGUUAGGCCUGACCACGCAGCCCACCUCCCCUCCCACCCUGCCUGCUUCCUGGCCCAGGCUUAGCUUCUUAGGCCAGGCCUAGGGUCCUGCUGGGUGCUGGUUGAUGGAUUUCCUCCUCCUAGUGGCCUUCUGGGAAAGAGGCGGCUCCCGCCUGGGGCCCCCUAGGGACAGAGGAUGGCUGGAGACAAUUAAAGCCUUUAACUUUUUUUAAAAAAGAAA